UCAAAAAGAGCAAAGUAAACGAACUCAUUCGAUCCGUACAAACUGAAACCAGAGUACGGAAACAGAGAGAUUCAGUUGUGUUUUGUGUUACGAGAAUGGAUCCAACCUACGACGAAGAUGUCUUUCUUGGCAAGUAUCAGUCAUCAGAACUUAAGAUUGCUUCUGAAUUCCUAACGACUUGGUUGCCUUUUCUAUCUCGAGAUCUCUGCAAAGACUGUCUUCAUCUUCUCUCCGAUCGAAUCCGUUCUCUAGACCCAGAGCACUGUAGUAACAUAGAGGAUAAUGAGAUGGGAGAUGAUUCUAAUGGGAAGCUUUGCGAUGCUCACUCAUUAGACAGUUUGAAAGCUGGGGGUUUUGUAUUUGGAUCUUUGUCAGACGGUGUAAGAGAUGCAAUGAGAGAUGCAAUGCCAUCUCAAUCAACUGUUUCUGAGACGGCGAGUCCACGAAUAUCUUGGGCUGAUAUGGCACAAGAAGAUGGGCUCGAGGAGGAAGAAUACAAGGAGAGUGAAUCAGGUACACAUGAAGUUGAUGGGAGUAUGAAGACUCCCCAGAAGCGUAAAAUGUCUAGGGAGGAAAGAGAGCGUUACCGAUUUUUGAAUGUGAAGAAAGUGAAACUGUUUAGUGGGUUUGAGAAAGUAAGAGGAAAGUCUGUUAAUAUCCUCGAGGGACUCGAAUUGCAUACCGGUGUUUUCAGCGCGGUGGAGCAGAAAAAGAUUGUUGAUUUUGUCUAUCAACUACAAGAGAAGGGUCGAAAAGGACAACUGCUAGACCGUACUUUUAGCGCUCCGCAUAAGUGGAUGAGAGGCAAAGGACGAGUUACUAUCCAAUUUGGAUGCUGUUAUAACUAUGGAACUGCAACAGACAAAGCAGGAAACCGACCCGGAAUCCUUCAACACGCAGAGGUUGAUCCAAUACCGUCUCUUUUCAAAGUAAUAAUCAAAAGGUUGGUGGGGUGGCAUGUACUUCCUCCAACUUGUGUACCAGAUAGUUGUAUCGUCAAUAUAUAUGAAGAAAGCGAUUGCAUACCCCCUCAUAUCGAUAACCACGACUUCGUACGCCCUUUCUGCACAGUAUCAUUCCUCAGUGAGUGCGAUAUACUGUUCGGAUCAAAUCUCAAAGUCGUAGGGCCUGGUGAAUUCUCUGGUCCAUACUCUAUACCGCUUCCUGUCGGAUCAGUUCUAGUGCUAAAUGGUAAUGGAGCCGAUGUCGCUAAGCAUUGUGUACCUGCGGUUCCCACGAAGAGGAUAUCGAUCACGUUUAGGAAAAUGGACGAGUCGAAAAGACCAGUCGGAUUCACCCCGGAACCUGAUUUGCAAGGGAUUGAGCCGUUGCCAUACGAACAGAACACGCCGAGUGUUCCUGAUGUUGUUGCAGCCAUUAGCACUUCAAGGUCUAGCAACGACCAAAACGGUAGGAAUCACAACAAUCGAGCUGCACACGAAGAAGGAAGUAGACAUCGUAGGUCGAGAGAUUAUCAUUCUGAGAGUCGAGAGUGGUCGUCGUCAUCGAGCCAACGAAGAGACAAGGCGCGACCUACCCCUAACUUGUCUUUUAGACCCAAGGUUACUAGCUCCGACAACGCCUGAGAAUUUUGCCUUCUGCUCUUUUUUUUUUCCCUUUUGUAAAAAGGAAAUUAACAUUUGUUUUUUACCCCCACAAUAAUUAUU